UAGUAGUGUUGUCUGAUAAGACUUUAAUAUGACAAUUCAUGUCCUUGUCACAURAUGCUUUCAAUCCCAGUGAGACAGCGAGCAGCUCWAGUGCGUUUAUGUGAAGCUUGCCCUCAGCAGGAGACCAUCUGCCUCCUGUGGAAACUCCUUCACAAAAAGCCCCCCAACCCAGAUUUGAAGCAUCUGUCCUAAUUUCWUUAAGUAUUGCUCCAUGGGUAAUUUUUCUCUUGUCAGAUAAGGCAUUUUCUAGCCACCAUAGUAUACCAGACUUGGCUUUGUCAGAUAAUGUCAUAUGACUUUCAAAGUUCCAGCAUGAACUUUUCAGAGCAAUAGAUUUUUCAAUUUCUWAUUGUCUGUAGUAGAGUCGCCCAUACUCCACGCCUGGAAAGGAGGAUACCAUUAUCCCCACUAGGCGUGCUACUUGUCGAAUGGGGGUUGAAUUGACAGACAAAACAGUGUUAGCUAUUGCAUGGAGCUUCUGGUAGUUUYGCUGAGUAAUGCUCACUGUCAUAUCUUUCGAAUUAAGCACAAAACCUAGAUGCUCUAGCGUUUGAGUAGGGGUAGUAACAGAUUUUGCAUAGUUUGGGCAAAAUCCCAAGUUUUCCAAAAUAUCUAGUGUGUCUAAUGCAUUAGACUUGCAUGAUUCAAAUGUAUCCCCUUCUAGGAAGGAGUCGUCCAGGUAGGCAMUGGAUACAUGUCCCUGUUGUCUCAGGACUGAAUACAUAGGUUUCAGUAGUUUGGUAAAUAUACGGGGUGCUGAUGAAAGACCCUGGGCUAGACAUGUAAAUUGAUACAACUUUUCCCUCCAUAGAAAUUUAAAAUAUUUUUGGUGAUCUGUGUGGAUCGGUACAGAAAAAUAAGCAUCGCUUAAGUCAAUACAUGCCAUAAAGCAAUUUUGUUUCAUCAAACAAAUGCAUGUUUCAAUAUUAUCCAUCUUGAAAUGGUAUGGUGCAACAAAUUUGUUAAAUUCCUUGAGGUUUAAAAUAAGUYGAAAGGAUCCGUUUUUCUUUUCUCGAAGAAAAACAGGGGAAAUGAACUCCCCUAUCUAGGAAAUCAUUCAGAAGCAAGGCCAUGUUUUGGCUCUCCUAGUAGUGGGAGAGGGGCGUUCUGGCGCAUGCAAGAUCAUCGGGUUAAGGCUAAAUCAUCGAGUCAAAUCCAAAACUGCAACACAYUAAAUCAUUGGCUCAACCGGUGAUUUAGCUACUCAAAUUAACUAGCUAGAUUCGAUCUUAUGCUUUUAUAUUUGUUAUAUAUAAUGGGUAGCAACACAGAAGUUAAAGAAAUAUUAGAUAUCAUCGAAAAUUCAUCAUUUGAAGAUUUAGACAGAAUUUUAAAUGUAAAACAAUCACAAUCAUCAUUUAAAGGUUUUCUAAAAACAUAUGAAAUUGAUGGAGAUGCAAAAUGUCCGUUAGAAUAUUUAACUGAAAAUAAAAAACGAGUUAUGAACGUAUUAAAGUGCAACUGACGCCAUUUUUGUCUUCACUCUGUCAAAUUCUAUCAUAACUUCCAAAAAACAUGCAAAAAGAAUUUUUCGAAUCAGAUAAAUCCCUGUUUAACAAAAAAAAUUUGAAUUUAGCGCUUUUUCCGAAGUUCGUGUUUCCUUCUGAGUGUUUGCCGGUCUUUUACAAGUGUCAAGUACGUCGUCGAGUGUUUUGUGAUCGUUUAAAAGCACUUCUUUUCUAAUUAUUUAACAUAAUUUCACUCGAAGUACUAUGUCUGCAUGUGAUAGUGAUGGCGAAAGCUCUCGAGGAUCGUUUUAUGACGAUUGCUCCGAUUUUGAAGUUGAAUUUGAAGAAGUACCUUCCGUGGCGCGAAAUCGACAACAAGAACUAGUGACAACAACAGAGGASGAUGUGGAAGAGGGCGCCUAUCUUGAAGAGCCCAUAGCAAGCAACAAAUGGGUAGAAGAGUAUACUAAGAAACAGAACGCUGUUACGGAAGAGACUUUCUGGAGAGCUGGAUGUCCGUAGUUGGUAAGUCUUAUUUCGCCGCAGCUUGGCUUGGUUUACGUACUUCAGGUUUUUUUUUUGUCUUUCAUGAAUGGCAUUUUUGUUUUAACAUGUAGGUGCAAGUGUGGAAACUGUAGUACACAAACGCUUCAAAAUAUAAGCGAGUGCUACUGCUGUACUGAGWUAGAUGGAUGUGUAAAAUCCUUAGAAACAGAUCUUGUUCGCCAAGAACUCAGUCAAGAAGAAGAAGGCCGACGCRUUGUUUGCGUAACCAAGCAUCCAGGAUUUGGACCUGUGUGCUUAGAAAAGUGGAGUCUGAGGAUGGCGGCGAAUCGUUUUAAAAGAAAGAACAAAGAGAGAUAUCGGCAAACAGGAUCUGAAGAAAGGUAAACACUCAAACUAUUAUUAACACUCAUUAUGCUCAACUGAUUGAUAUUCCAGCUGUUGCAAACAAUGUCAAUUCCUUGAGAUCAUACAUAAACACUGUGAAGAUACACCUUAGAAGCCUAACUGUACUAAAGCAGGACAUAAAUCAAAGCAUUUUUAUUCCUAUGAUCACAUCUAAAUUGCCAAAAGACGUUGUAGUUCAACUUGAAAUCCAAAAGAAGAGAGACGAAACGUGGACAGUAACUAAAUUACUUGAGCAACUAGAGGGAUACAUCAACGCAAGAGAGUCAGCGGAGAGAAUAUUCAACCCACCAACUCUAACUACACCACUUAGUGGACCACAUAUUAAUUCUACUACAAGAGACAUACCUAGAAAUGGUUGCAGCAAUGCAUCAUUAAAUUUCAACUUCCCACCCCCAAAGAAGCCCAUCUUUGCUUCAGAAACUCUACUACACGCACAGAAAGCCAGCUCAUCACCUAGUAGGCCACGUAAGGCAUGUGUUUACUGCAACAAAGAACAUUGGUCGGAUGAGUGUAAUGUUUACAAAACAGUAGAGGAGAGAAAAGCCAAAAUAAAGGGGAGAUGUUACAACUGUCUUAGCAACAAACACAUGUUACGCGAAUGUCAAAUGGAGAAAGCCUGCUACUACUGUAAGAAGAAAAAGAAUCAUCACAGAAGCCUAUGUCCUACAACAUUUUCAUCAAAAGGACACAAAGAAGUUAUCGCAAUAGCAUCAGAAGACACUCAUUUCACUACAAACAGUGAUGCGCAAGCACCUGUCAACACUGAAUGUGCUACACUAGCACCUGAGAACUCUGUAGUCAUGCAAACCGCUACAGCAACUGUCACAAAUCCAUGUGAAGAAAGUACACAAGAAACUGCACAAAUACUCUUAGACUCUGGAAGCUAUAGGUCAUAUAUAACUACAGACCUUGCAAUGAAAUUAAAGCUACAACUAGGAAAGAAAGAAAAGAUAAGGCUUGUCACUUUCGGACAAACACAGAGUCAAGUUAUCAACACACCAACUACUAAUUUAGACUUGCCACUUAAAGAUGGAACAACACUUCAUUUAACUGUAAACGUAGUACCAAAGAUCACUGGAGAAGUACAUAGACACCCAAUUAGCUCACAAGCACUCAACAGCCACUUACUGAAGGAUAUAGAACUUGCAGAUAAACUACCACUUGAAAGACAAACAUCAAACAUUGAUUUACUGAUCGGAAAUGACUAUUAUUUAGACAUAAUAGAACCAAUGAGAGUUCAACUACAGCCAGGCUUAUACUUACUUGCAUCAGGACUUGGAUGGAUUCUAACAGGAAGGACUUCGUCGGAGAAUGUGAGCUGA